UUUUACUUUCCAAACGUUUCGAGUUUAUAACAAAAUUUCGAGAAGUUUGGGAAGACCUUGGCGUUACCGAAUUCAGCAAGAUCUUUAAUCUUAACUCAAGAUGGCCUGUCGCUGCAAGUACUUUGUAAAGCUCCUGAACAAGUGUUGUUUCUGCUUCACUCUGCGCACUGGCACAUUGUUGUUGGGAUGCAUAUUUCUGACAUGGUUUGUGUACCUUUGUCUGGGCAGUGCCUUCAUGAUGGAGUGCAUCUUCCCCAAUGAAUAUCAACAUGGUGUAAAAGACGGUGCACCAGCUGCACCAAAGACAACUAUGGUCUUCUCCUUCUUCGGCAUCAUUGCGGCAGCAAUGGUUUGCAUUGGUGUGCAUAAUAACAAUGAGCUGUUGUUCGUACCAUUUCUGACCUUAGCCCCGUUCUAUAUAAUUGUCCACAUAGUGGCAAUGAUAUUGUACUCCUUCGUUUGGAUUAUAAUCGUUCUAUUUGUAAUAACAAUUGUUGUUCUGAUCUAUGCCUGGGUUGUGAUCUAUUCGUAUUUCACCGAGCUACGUUAUGCCUACGAAGAUGAACUACCCCAGCAGACGUUUAUCUGAGAACUAUCUAAAGUUUUGGUAUUAUUUUAUUCAAUCUCUUCCAUGGAGUAAAUAUAAAUUGUGCAAGUGAAA